AUGGGACGGAAACUGGAUCUUUCCAAGCUAACAGAUGAAGAGGCCAAGCACGUUUGGGAGGUGGUUCAACGGGACUUUGAUCUGCGGAAGAAAGAGGAAGAAAGAUUGGAGGACCUGAAAUGCAAGAUUGAAAAAGAGGGCACCAAGAGGGAGCUCUUGUCCAACCAGUCCCAUCUCAACGAGACCCACUGCGUCCACUGCCUGCAGCCCUUCAAGUUCCUGGUGAACAGCAAGCGCCAGUGCUUGGACUGCCACUUCUACACCUGCAAGAACUGCAGCCGCUACCACAAAAAGGAGCAAGCCUGGAUCUGCGACCCUUGCCGCUUAUCCAGGAUUGUGAAGGUUGGCUCCCUGGAGUGGUAUUAUGAACACGUGAGAUCCCGUUUCAAGCGGUUUGGAAGUGCUAAAGUGAUGCGGUCUCUCUAUGGCAGGCUACAGCAUGGGCAGAAAAUGAAUCCAACGUUGCUAGGUCUUCAUGGCAGAGUUUACAGCUUGCCAGACAUCAACAGUGAGUGCCAGCUGCGUGCCAGCGGCGGGGUGCGCAGUGACAGCGAUGAUGAAGACGACCUCGUGGAUGGCGCCGAAGCUGAGCACUACACUAGGAUGCGCAAGACAAAGCGCCUGCUGUCUGUUCAUCCUUUUGAUUUUGAACUGGACUCAGAAUAUUCUGCUCAAUCACGCCGUCAAUCUGUGCAGCUUUCUCAAACGCCGGUCAACCAGGAUGGCCACCAGUCAUUCCCGGACUUCCCUGAUGCCGGUGAGGACACCUCCCGGAAGGAGACAAUGAUCGCUGAAGCAGACCUGGCUGCAGUGUUCCACCAGAUCCUUCAGGAGCAGGGACAACAUAUGACCCCUCCAGAGCAGGAGUUUAGCACCGAGGUCCGGCUGACAGUGAACUCACGAAGGAAGAGCCUGGAAAGGAAUCCCAAACCCGGCAGCCCAUGGACCGAGCGGCACCGACCCCAGUACUCAGCGGAUAUGGACACCUCGGAUGAGGACGUAAAAGGAGCCCAGAAGAUACCUGUCUACCAGCCCCAUCACAUGAAACGCCGAAACAGAGCCUCCUCCCAGGAGAAUAUAAACCACUCUGGAAAUCAGAUAUUUGAACUCAACAAACGCAUGUCAGCUAUUGAACACAUGCUGAACCGUCUGGAGGAAAGAAUCCUGGUGCACUCAGAAGAGUCUCUGGCCCCUGAGUCCCACACCAAUGCAGAUGUGGAAGAGGAGGAAUUGAAGAGGAAGCUGGAAGAGUUAGCCAGCAACAUCAGCGACAAAGGAGUUUCUUCUGAGGAAGACGAGGAAAAGAAGAAGGGUGAACCAAAACCCGAAAUGAGCUCCUCCAGGAGUGACUCACCCAGUGAUGCUCAGAAGGUCUGCACGACUGCUGGGAAGACAUCCGGGCUGGACCAAACCCCGAGGGACCUAGAGGAACGUGCGCGGCACAGCGGGACCACAGACUCUGAGCUGUCAGAGCUGGAGGACAAAGUGGCAUCAGCGGCCGUGCAGAUGCAGCGUGCCGAGAGCGAGGUUUCCGAUAUAGAGUCUCGAAUCGCAGCUCUGAGUGCUGCUGGGCUGACAGUGAAACCAGUGGAAAAGCCAAAGAAGAAAUACAGCACACAGCUGUUUAUGCUCCAGCCUCCCAGGAACGCAGGUAGCAGCCCAGGAGAUCAAAGUACGGACUCUUCAGAGAUGGCAUCACCAAAUGACUUCAAAGUAAUGUCUAUGCCACAGGUGUUAAGGAGAAAAUUCAACAGUUCCCUUGAAAUUGGCGACGGCGACGAAUCCUUUGAUCGAAACUCCAUUUACCGAGGCUCUUUGACACAGAGGAACCCCAACGGGAAGAACAGGAAAGCAGAUCGCGUCUUCGCGAAGCCUGUGAUGACCCAUCGACCCUGA